CCAAGACGCAUAUGAGCUGCCUGCAUAUACCAGCUGCAAAAUGCGUGGAUAUAUAUAUUGUUUUACACCUUAAAAACCGGAUAACAGUAUUGCAUUCGAAUUUUACAGUUUACAGCGCUCGCAUCGUUCCUUUUUUCCGUGUAGUAGUAUCUGUGAAGGAUAGAUUCAUCGUUAUUCACCGUCUCCGCGCGCCACUGACGCGCUCCGGAUCUGUGGGAGAGCGGCGCAAACGCGCGCGCGCGCGAGAGAGAGAGACGGAAUCAAUUGAACGCACGAAAAAAAAAAAAACGAAGAGCGGAGGGAAAAGAUAAUUAGAAUGAAGAUCCAUCUGGGCAAGGAAAAAAAGGAUUAGGUACGAUUUAUCAGAUGUAUUGUCUCGCAUACGUCGAAUGGGCAACGAAUGAACGUAAUGUAUAGGUCUGUCUAUAUAAUUGCAUGUUGUAUGAUUGACUGGCAUUGAUUUGGUUGUAUAGAGGUUGCCACAUGGUUAAGAUCUUCAACAUGCAUCUUUAGUAGAAGAGGAUCCGGAGAAUGUCAUGGACGCAUAAGAGGAAAACGUAAGCAAGGUCAGUGCUGACUGAGAUGUUUCUGAUGGAAAGCAGAAGACUACCGUAGCAGCAUCCAGCACUGUUAACAACUGUGUGGAGUACACUUUGAUGCCACGACCUGAUUCCAUAACAAGAAAGGGGCAGGACAUGACUCAGUUGCCAUGCAGGCUGCUAUAACAGGCCUUUUCAGCCCCUCCCUCCUUGUCUGGUUGGUCCCGCUGUUGUUGUGGCCACACCUCCUUGGACCUAGAUUGGCUGAGGCCAGUCCAGCGUGCCCUGCUCCCUGUAGCUGUUCCAAUCAAGCCAGUCGAGUGAUUUGUACAAGAAAAGGCAUAAAUGAAGUUCCACAGAGUAUCUCAUCUAAUACUAGGUACCUCAACCUGCAGGAGAACUCCAUACAGGUGAUUAGAUCAGACACCUUCAAGCACCUCAGUCACCUGGAAAUUUUGCAGUUGUCUAAGAACCAGAUUCGUCAAAUUGAGGUGGGAGCAUUUAAUGGCCUUCCAAAUCUUAUCACCCUGGAGCUGUUUGACAACAGACUACCGCUGGUUCCGUCCCAGGCAUUUGAGUACCUGAGCAAACUACGUGAACUCUGGCUGAGAAACAACCCCAUAGAAACACUCCCAGCAUACGCCUUCCACCGCGUGCCAUCACUACGGCGGCUAGACCUCGGCGAGUUGCGCAAACUCAGCUUCAUCUCGGAGGCCGCAUUUGAAGGUCUGGUGAACCUACGUUUCUUGAAUCUGGGCAUGUGCGGACUGAAAGACGUACCCAACUUGACACCCCUUGUGCGACUAGAGGAACUAGAGCUAUCGGGCAACCAACUGGGCGUAGUGCAGCCUGGAUCAUUCCAGGGUCUCGUGUCUCUACGUAAACUGUGGCUCAUGCACUCUCGGAUCUCCGUCAUUGAACGCAAUGCCUUUGAUGACCUCAAAAACCUGGAGGAGUUAAAUCUAUCUCAUAACACAUUACACUCAUUGCCCCACGAUCUGUUCACACCGCUGCAGCAAUUAGAACGUGUCCACCUGAACCACAACCCUUGGAUCUGCAACUGUGAUGUUCUGUGGUUGAGCUGGUGGCUCAAAGAAACUGUGCCCGAUAAUUCCACUUGUUGUGCACGUUGCCACGCCCCACCUGGCACUAAGGGCAGGUACAUUGGAGACCUUGACCAGCGAGACUUCACCUGCUAUGCACCUGUGAUUGUGGAACCACCAACUGACCUCAACGUGACAGAAGGAAUGGCGGCUGAGCUGAAAUGCCGUACGGGAACAUCUAUGACUUCUGUUAACUGGCUGACCCCCAAUGGAACCUUGAUGACUCAUGGUGCAUACAAGGUCAGAAUCUCUGUCCUGCAUGAUGGAACCCUGAAUUUUACCAAUGUGACCAUGCAAGACACAGGUCCAUAUACAUGUAUGGUGACCAACUCGGCCGGCAACACCACAGCAACGGCUGUGUUGAAUGUAUCAGCAACUGACCCAGGCAAUGGCUACAGCUACUUCACAACUGUUACCGUUGAAACUUUAGAGACGGGGCAAGAUGUACAUGAUUCGGCGCAGCAGUUUGUCAACGAGACCUUUAUUAGUUUUCCAGGACCAACGGCCACAUCUGCCUCAGCGGGUCCUACCGGUUCGAUGCUCUCCUCCUUGUCACCACGAGCUACUCGUGCACCGGACCGCCCGUUCACUGUCUCCAUUACAGAUGUUGCUAACCUGUCGGGUCUAGAGGAUGUAAUGAAAACGACCAAGAUCAUCAUUGGCUGCUUUGUAGCCAUCACCUUCAUGGCCGCCGUGAUGCUGGUUGUCUUCUACAAGCUUCGCAAACAGCACCAGCUGCACAAACAUCACGGUCCAGCCAGAGCCAUUGAGAUCAUCAAUGUUGAAGAUGAGAUCGGAUCUGGUGGAGCAAGUGGCAUCACAGGAGGAGGUACCGUCCAAACGGGGGCCGGAACAGGUGGAGGGGGGCAGAGUCCUAGGAUCCAUGACCCUGAGAUCAUGAUCCUGCCAAGUGUCGGGCAAACAGAGCACCUAAACCACUACUACAAAGCGCAUCACUUCAACAACAAUGUUCUGGGGUUAAACAUGGGAACUGGGAUGCUUAACAACAAACCCAACCCUUCCUCCCAGAAUCAGGCUCCAACCAUGAAAUUGGUAACAGCAUCCGGUGACAACUCCAACCCUGGAUCAACCUCACCUCCCCUGCCAAUUCCCAUCACCAUGGCAAUGACCUUCCAUGGAACCCUGAAAGGCCUUAGUCAUGUCCCCAAUAUGCAGACUGAGCCACUGUUGCUAUCGAAUGGCUCCAAGGAGAGCGUCCAGGAGACCCAGAUCUGAUUACUUACCAACACAUGCACACUCGGGAAGGAAAGUAGACUGGAUUUUACACCAGAGUGACUGUCAAAUGCUGAAGUCAACAGCCUUUGACAUUAUGGAACUCCUUUCCAACAGAUUCUAUGGAAUAUUCAGUUCAAAUGAUCAAAGAGACGAGUUUUUGCUGAUGAGGUGGACAUGAUGGCGCUACUGAGUACAUACAGUACGUGCCAAAGCAAGCGUCCUUUUUUGCAGUUCCUAUGAGUUGUGUCAGCGUAUUAAAAUAUAGUCUAUAUUAAAGUAGUGUAAUUACAUAAGUGUUGGUUUUCCACAGCCCAGCGACACCGAGUACACACUCACGCCAUUGUACAGCAGCUAACAGACCUGUAUAAAAGCAUACACACAUUUACACUUACCAGAGGUUGACAUCAUUAUUCAUCUUACUCACCUCAGUAGGUAGUGUACCUGUGUGUGGGUUUGUUUAAGUAUAAGCUCAGAAAUAAAGACUUAAAUUGCUGUGAUCCAGAACACAUUUUCACUUUGCUUCAUGACGACAUUCUGAAUCUAGCACAAGUGAGGAUUCAUAAGGUUCAUAAGCUCAUUGUAUUCAGAACUUUAAAAGACGCCAAUUUCAGGGUGACAUUCACUUUCAUAAUACCUAGAGGAGAGGAAAGAGAGAAGACGCCUUUUCUUGUGAACAAUAAGAGUUAUGUGCAACACAUCCUUUGGCUGCUGUGUUACACUGUCUACAGCAAGGGUACCGUAGUAGGUACCUCCCAACAAGCCUCCCAAGAGCAAAUCUCUCUGCGUGUCUACAUGUUUGGAGAGAUUGUAAGUGUCAUAUCUCUGUCUUUUUUGCCUGUCAGUGCUGAUUUAAAGAGUAUCAGCACUGUGUAAGGGCUAUUUCGCUGGCAUUGGGUGAUUUUUAAUGUGUAGAGUGUCGCAGAAUGUUUCUUGUCUAAAAGUCAACGAAAGAUGCUGUUCACAAGUUCUCAACCUAAAUCACUAACGUUAUCGGCCAUAUGGUGAAACAAGAUAUUCAUUGAGAACAAAAUGUAGGACGGGAUUUUAUUUCAUCCAACGGGAAUUGAUUGGAUCAUGAAAAGUGGGCGUUCCAAACUGGAAUAGCUAAAUGGGCUGGGGUUGAAAAAGUAAGAGGGAUUCGUGACAUCAGCCAAAAGGAAAGUUGUUUUAGAUUAAGUUAUUACAUUUUACAACAUUCAUUGACAUCAAUUUUGUUUUACUGUUGACCUAAGCACUAUUAAAGCUUUCAAAAAUGCUGGGAUACACAGCGCAGUACUCGCUUGUCGUAGCUGAUCUGGGCAGAAUUUUGCAGUUGUGGGACAAUUUUAGAUUUUUAAAAGUGCGAGAAUGAAAGACCUAAUGUCCAAUUUUUUCUGAUGAAAGAUUUUGCAAUAUGAAAUGUAAUCUACGUAAACAUUUUCAAGUGUAAAGUUUAUAGACCGGGGACAAGGCAGUGUUUCAGCAUCAGGGUAGAGGGAAUUGGAAUUACCUUUCUUGGGCCACUUAAAACGUAAUAUUAGCCAUCCAUUGAGGGAAUUUGUAAGCCUCGUUUUUGAAAAAUGUUUUCUUUGAAAUGAUUUGCAAACUGGCAAGUCCUUCACGGGAGCCAUACAAUAACUUCGAAAAGUCACUGCUGACUACGUAAAACGUGAUAUUGAGCAAGUUUUUCAUCCUUGAAUGGCUUUGAAGUUGUAUAUUAACAAUGUGCAAUGUGCCAUUAACUGAAGUAGAGUACACAUGCGUGUAUCAUUGUAAUUGCUGCAUUAAACUUUAUCCAGUUUUUAAUUUCCAA